GGAGCAUGCGCAAUGGUUGAAAUUUCGGACUUAGUCUGUUACACAACUAUUUCAUUCUCCAUUCUGUGCACCGCUUCUCGCCGGCAUCCACUCAAGAUAUUUCAAUCUUUAUUUUUAAACCAAGCAACAAGACAAUGAGUGGGGAUCAUGGAUACAAGGACUCCCAGAUCGAUUCUGGAUCUCGGGUUAAUGAUUCCCACAAACACAAAGACAAGCAUAAGGACAAAGAACAUAAACACAAAGACCACAAGAAAGACAAGGAACGGGAGAAGUCCAAGUGCAGUAACAGCGAAUACAAGGAUUUCUCCGAAAAGAAACACAAAGACAAAGACAGAAUGAAGCACAAGGAUGGCAGUUUGGAGCGACACAAGGACAAGCACAAGGAUAAAGAGAAGAGGAGAGAGGAAAAGAGCAAGUCCAGUGGGGAUGGCAAACCGAAGAAGGAAAAAGAAAACGGGUUUGCCAGUCCUCCUCACAUUAAAGCUGAACCUGACAACGACAGCUUCUACCACUCUCCCAAACAUGAGAAGUCAUUGAAGCGGGAACGUGAUGAUGACGAUUUUGAAUUCAAGCCUAAAAAAAUUAAGAUUGAAAAUGAAAAGAAGGCAAAAAAGAGGAAGCAACUGGAGGAAGAGGAUGAUGAGGAGGAUGUAAAACCUAAAAAGAAGACAAAAGACAAGAAAGGAGGAGAAGGUGAUGGCAAAAAGAAGGCAAAGAAGGAGCCAGAGGAGAAAUGGAAAUGGUGGGAGGAAGAAAGGUAUACUGACGGCUCAAAAUGGAAGUUUCUGGAACACAAGGGUCCAGUCUUUGCACCUCCUUAUGAACCUGUCCCUAGCAAUGUUAAGUUUUACUAUGAUGGGAAGCCCAUGAAGUUGAGUGCACAGGCCGAGGAAGUGGCUACGUUCUUCGCCAAAAUGCUGGACCAUGAGUACACUACCAAGGACAUCUUCCGUAAAAACUUUUUCAAAGACUGGAGGAAGGAAAUGACAUCUGAAGAGAAAUCAAAGAUCACAGACUUGAACAAGUGUGAUUUCACAGAAAUGAAUGAGUACUUCAAGGCUCAAGCAGAGGCCAGGAAGCAGAUGACAAAAGAGGAGAAGCAGAAAAUCAAAGAGGAGAACGAGCGCAUCUUGCAGGAGUAUGGCUUUUGCGUGAUGGACAACCACAAGGAGCGAAUCGGCAACUUCCGCAUCGAGCCCCCGGGGCUGUUCCGGGGGCGAGGGGACCACCCCAAGAUGGGCAUGCUGAAACGUCGCAUCCGCCCCGAGGACAUCAUCAUCAACUGCAGCAAGGACUCCAAGCACCCCAAGCCGCCCCCCGGCACCAAGUGGAAGGAGGUGCGGCAUGACAACAAAGUGACGUGGCUGGCGUCCUGGACGGAGAACAUCCAAGGCUCCAUCAAGUACAUCAUGCUGAACCCCAGCUCCAGGAUCAAGGGAGAGAAGGACUGGCAGAAGUAUGAGACGGCCCGGCGACUAAAGAAGUGUGUGGACCGAAUCCGGGCUCAGUACCGGGAAGACUGGAAGUCGAAGGAGAUGAGGAUCCGCCAGAGAGCCGUGGCCCUGUACUUCAUCGACAAGCUAGCCCUUCGAGCGGGGAACGAGAAAGAGGAGGGCGAGACAGCCGACACGGUGGGCUGCUGCUCUCUGCGGGUGGAGCACAUCAAGCUCUAUCCCGAGAUUGACGGACAGGAGUUUGUGGUGGAGUUCGACUUCCUGGGAAAAGACUCCAUCCGCUACUACAACAAAAUUCCUGUAGAAAAGAGGGUCUUCAAGAACCUUCAGCUGUUCUUAGAAAACAAGCAGCCGGAAGACGACCUCUUCGACCGCCUUAAUACCUCAAUUCUGAACAAGCACCUUCAGGAACUGAUGGAUGGGCUAACGGCCAAAGUGUUCCGUACCUACAAUGCCUCCAUCACCCUGCAGCAGCAGCUGAAGGAGCUCACCAGCCCUGAGGAGAACGUCCCUGCGAAGAUCCUGUCCUAUAACCGGGCCAACAGAGCAGUGGCCAUCCUGUGCAACCACCAGAGAGCCCCACCCAAGACCUUCGAGAAGUCCAUGCAGAACCUGCAAACCAAGAUAGACGCGAAGAAAGACCAGCUCGCUGACGCCAGGAGAGAGCUGAAGAGCGCCAAGGCUGACGCCAAAGUACGGAAAGACGAGAAGACCAAAAAAGCUGUUGAAGCUAAGAAGAAGGCUGUGCAGAGGAUAGAGGAGCAACUGAUGAAGCUUGAAGUCCAGGCAACAGACCGUGAAGAGAACAAGCAGAUUGCCUUGGGCACGUCCAAACUCAACUACUUGGAUCCCCGCAUAUCAGUAGCCUGGUGCAAGAAGUGGGGUGUGCCCAUCGAGAAAAUCUACAACAAAACCCAGCGGGAGAAGUUUGCCUGGGCCAUCGACAUGGCGGAUGAAGACUUCGAGUUUUAAUCCCGUUUGCAGUUCUGUUUCUUUUGCCCUAUUGUAAUUUGAAUUACAUUUUUAAAGUAUGUCUGUAGCAUCACUGAUUCCACCAUUGUGGCUCAGCCUGACUGAGGAGAAGGAGAGGGGGCCAGAGGUGGUGAUGAAAUACUUGAGA